AUGGCGGACGUGACUGAAGCGAACGCUGACGAGACUCUGGAGUUGCACAAGGUACUGACGGAGAUUUUCCACGACGGAGUAGGAGGCAAAGAUCAUCGAGUCGAGACUGAUGAAGGAGUCUUGAAAACAAUUGAUGAGGCUGUUAUUAGAAUUCUUACUUGUCUAAGGGAAGUUGAGUCGAAUAAGCCACCGGUGGAAGUGCCGACAGAGUUUAUAUGUACACUCUCCAAUACGAUCAUGAUCGAACCUGUGAUCAUCGCUUCCGGCCAGACUUAUGAAAAGAGAGACAUCACAGAGUGGCUGAAGCAUAACAAUAUAUGUCCCAAAACCGAAGCAGUCCUCACUCACUUGUUUUUGACACCCAACCAUUUGAUCAAUGACUUGAUUACGCAGUGGUGUCUUGUUAACAAAGUUGAUCGGCCAAAACCAUCUGAUGAUGAUAUCAUAGUGACUGAGCUAUCCACUGGUGAAAUCGAAUCAUUGCUUCUGCGUAUUUCCUCUCCCUCCUCGGUUUCAGAUCAGAUAGAAGCUGCAAAAGAGCUUAGCCGCCAGACCAAGAAAUAUGUCAACGCACGUGUCUUCUUUGUCACGGAACUCCCUGAUUCGAUCACCAGGUUGCUCUCUGUAUUAGGCGAUGACGUAGACGCCAAUCCUGAUCUACAAGAGAAUAUCAUGACAUCAUUGUUGAACAUCUCGACUGUUGAGAAUUACCAAACAGUGAUUGCUGAGCAUCCUCAGGUGAUGCCACUGCUUACAAAGUCUCUGCAGAAGGGGACAGAGGAAACAAAAAACGUCUCUGCAAAGACUUUGUCGACACUUUCAGGCAUUGAUUCCAACAGGAUCAUCAUCGGGAACUCGGAAGCACUCAAGGCUUUGAUAGAUCGUAUCGGGGAGCCGGCUGACGACAUAGGUGAAGCUGCUUACGCUGUUUACAAGCUCUGUCUUGACUCGCAGCAGAACACGAGAAAGGCGAUUUCAGAGGGUUUGAUUCCCGCAAUAGUCAAAAAUAUCAGAGUAGGAAGAAACGUGGAGGAGAUGGUAUCUGUCUUGGCACCGAUAUCUUCAAACAGCAGGGCUCAGGGUAUAAUAGAGGAGUUAGAGAUUGUCUCUGACGUGAUGGAGAUCUUGAGGAACACAAGUUGCAUGGUGACUUGUGAGAACGCUUUAGAUACCGUCAUCAACAUGUUUGGUAAAAUCAAAGGCAUGCAUAGACACUCAAUGCUCAGCAACGAGGAGACUCCACACGGGACAUUUGGGAAGCUUUCAAGGCAAGGAUCAGAUGGUGUGGUCAGAAAAGCUAAAUAUAUUUCACGGUGGAUCAGGAUUUUCACUCUGUCCGAAUCUCUCCGAAUAGUGCGUUAUGAUCACUGAGAGAGAUAUUCAAAAUCAAAACUUCAUCUAGUCAUUGGAUCCUUAUAGCCAUCUCAUAUUCUCUGAUGCAUCAUUUUAACAAUUUGUCUCCCUUUUUCU